CCAGUUUGCCGAUAGUCUCUCGGUGAUGUAAUGUUCUCAAGUUGCAGCAACACACACCGACUGCAAUACUGAGGCUGGAGUGAAGUUCUACAUGUAAAGCCAGUCAUUUCAUGCAACUGAGGCCACUCCAAAUCCUCUUUAUGGCAUGAAAGGAGAUAGUCUGGACGAGCAACUCAAGAGGUGAACACCUUUAACAAAAAGAAGGACUCCUCUUAGAGCUGUCUAAAGGGAUCACCAAAUACUUUCAGGUGAAUGCAUGGACCAGAAGCUUUCCCGGUUGGAAUAGCUCAGCUGAGUGCAGAAAUCCUCACACCCAAAUCUGCACUGAAAUCACACCCCCUUCUUCAGCCUGAAAUGGUGUAUCCUGCCAUUUAACCUAUCCUUAAUCCACCCUGGCAGUUACUGAGAGAAGGACAUGGGCAUGAAGACGAGGAGACAUCCUGAGUACUAAUGAAGCAGGCAAGGGAGAGCAAUUUAUCGCCUGUGUCCAAGGCAAAGACUGUGUCUGCUUCAGGAUUCCACCUGAACACCUUGUGUUUGCCGCUUCAGUCACCGUUUACCUCAGUACAAUCAGAUGAAUACUCCACACCAGCAGUGAUGGGCCAGUCUGCAGUGCAUCCCGGACGACACUCGAACAAUCCAGAAGCCAUCAAAGAGAUCCUGAUCUCAGCACUGGGCACCUUUGAUGGCUUCAAACCUCCUUCCACAGAGAACUGUGCGGCUGUUACAAGGCUUUCUUCACUGACCGAGCUUCAAGAUGGAGCUUCGAAGUGUCUUUGGGACAACCAUCAUGAUAAAGGUGGUGAAGAACAGCGACACCGUGUUGAGAUUGCUAUGACGACCUCCCAAGAUGGCUCGUACAGCAGUAGUUCAAGUGUCUCUCCUGAAAAGUCCUCAAGUCGCGUUAAAUUUAACCCCCUCAGCAAACUCCUAACCUCCGUACAGGCUACAGCUUCCAGAUACAGGAGCUUCUCGGGAGCUCCACCUGCAGUGUGUAAGGCUGAGGUAUCCUAUUACCAAUGCCCUCAGUCUGACUCCAGAAUCCAUCCAGAGAAAGCACGGUAUUGGCCAAAUGACAGACCGGAGACCAUUGUGUACACGAGUUAUCUCUCCAGUCCCAGUUUCAGCGCAAGUAGGGCUCAGGAAAGGGAGAACACUCACCUGGUUGUUGCUGAUAUGGUGAUUGCUGCACUGGAGAAUGUGAAAAGUAAUAUGUACGAACAGGCAGAGCUGCUGGAAGACUGUAGCUUGGCAAUUGCACAGACCCCAGUAGAUGAGAUAAGCACUUAUAUUAAGAAGGCAGUCCAUUCCAACUCCGUGAAUUCUGUGGAUAGCGGUUAUGAAUGUGGUUCUGCUACCCAGUUGGAUGAUUGCUCUGAUGCUGGCUCCAAGUCUCUGCUUGAAGACAAACAAAAUGGUGACGCUGUUGGUGCUGAUGACGAUGCUUAUGAUGAUUUUGUGAUAAUAGGUACCGGUGUCAGAACGGAUCAAGAAUUUGAUGACCUUAUUUUUGGUUCCGAUGGCCCCUUAAAAUCGAUAGAAAGGCACCGUUUAUCUGCUGAAUAUUUGGCUCGCCGACUGUUUAAAUCUUUCAGAAUGACCUGGUUGCCCCCAGAGACUGAAAUGCAUCAUUUUGACACAGUGGAGAAAGUGCUGGAUGAAUUUCUCCCUCUGAAGGACACUUUGCCUGGUGCAGAGGAAUCUGUAGAUUUGACACCAGAGUUCAAGUUAAAUUCCCGAUUGAGGGGAACUGCAGAUUGGGCCCCACCUCGCUUUCAAAUUCUGUUCUUCAUCCAUGCACCACAAAGGAGAGAAACUGUUGUAGCUGCUCAGAAUUCCAUGUGUGCUGGUUGUGGAACUCCAAUUGAGCACAAAUACAUCAAAAAGCUCCGUUACUGUGACUACUUGGGAAAGUAUUUCUGUGAGUGCUGUCACCAUAAUGAGGAAUCCCCAAUCCCUGGCCGAAUUCUAAUGAAGUGGGAUUUCAGUAAGCAUCCGGUUUGCCAUUUCUCCAAACAACUGCUGGAAAGUAUAUGGCAUGACCCACUGUUCAACAUCUUCUACAUCAACAAGUUCCUCUACAGCAAAGUAAAGGAAUUGAGAAAAGCCAAGGAAAUUCAAGAACAGUUGAUACACAUCAAAAAGCUGCUAAGAACCUGCAGAUUGGCUGAAAGCGCCCUGAUCGAGUUCUGUCGGAUACGUUCCCACCUGACUGAGGAGCUACACCUUUAUUCAUUGAAUGAUCUGCUGAUGGUGAAGCAAGGUCUGCUGGUUUCAGGCCUGAAAGAUGCCCUCAAGAAUGUCCUCGCUCACGUGGAAAGUUGUGAGUUGUGUCUGGCCAAGGGCUUCUUCUGUGAGUUUUGCAAGAGUAGAGAUAUUCUCUUCCCCUUUCAGACAGACCAAUGCAGACGAUGUGGCGAAUGCAAAGCGUGCUUUCAUAAAGAGUGCUUCAAAACUGAACAAUGUCCAAAGUGUAUAAGGAUUCGUGCACGGAAAGAACUACUGCUUGCUUUCCAGCAGCCAGCAAGCUAAGCGAUGUGUUGGGCAUUACGGUGGAAAUCUUCUGGGAAUGAGUCGAUUUCAAUUUUAAAAAGCAUACAUGUAAUGCCAGCCUCCACUUACCCUUUUUUAAAAAAAGAAAAGCUGAACAGAGUAAUGACGUCUGGAACGUCCACUCGUUUUUUUGAAGUAUCUAGCAAUAAGUGUGAAACUACUCAGGUAUUGUUGCCUCACAGUGAUACCAUUAAUAACACUUCCUUUUAGCAGAGGUAUUGGUUACUUUUUGCAUUAGGGAAGGUUACUGUGUUAUCAACUGAAAAUAACAAUUAGAUUAAAUGUUCAUAAAUCAUGAGGAUUUUUCAUUAAGUCUGAGCUACUUACCCUUCUAAUGGUUUUGUAUUGUUAGGACUUAAGGCAAGGUUUUAUUUUUUUACUUUGUGUAGAAGCUUUAGACCCUUUGUUUAAAAAGUUUUUUUGCAUGUUGUAAUGUUAAGAAAACAUUUUAUGCAGUGGUGUGAAGCAGACGGUAUUUAUUUAAAUUUCAGUUUUGGUAUUCUGCCCUGCUUAUGUGAAAAAGUGCAUUUUUUUGGUGGGGGGGAAGACAACGUGAAAUUUGAUAAAAUAGGAAGGUUAAAAAAAAAUUGUUCUCCUACCCAACAAAAAAAAUUAAAAUCUGAGCCAAUUAUCACUGCUUAGAUUACCUUUAAAAUUAUUGAAUGCUAAAAUGUUGCCAUGGUGCUAAUAUCUUGUCCCUGCUGUGUUUAAUUUUCUUCUUCAAUAUGGAGGUUCAUAUCAGGGUUCAGAGAUGAAGGUUUAUUUGACACUUGUUAACACCAUUGGUAAAUAUUAUACCACUUAAAUUCUUCAAUGCUAAACUUAAAAAAAAAAGUCAUGUUAAGUCUUUCUAUUGCUGAAUUGUUGUGCAAACUUGUGUUAAGUGAGAUGUUAGGUGUGCUUUUCAUAGCUUAAUUUAUUUUCUGACUAUUUAUGGAAGUUGAAAUGUAACUUUUACCCCUCCCCUGAAACUUGCCACAUUCUCUAAAAGAAUCCAUAUCUAACAUUUUUCUUAGAAAACAAAUAUUGGUUUAAAAAUACUAUUCAAGUUUGCAUUCAUCUUGGCAAAAUUCCAAGUUAAUUUCUUGUCUUGCCUAUAAAAUAUUAAGCGUGAAAGGGACUGCACUUUCAAACUUUGCACUUGUAAAAGUGUAUAGGAUCCUUUCAGCCUUGUUUAUGUGAAAAAAAAGUCUUAAUCAGACUUUUUAAGACCUUUAAAUAUAUUUUAAGGAAACCCAAUAUGUAAAUGCUAUAAAAUGCAACAUAAUUGUAUUUUGCAAAUAUUCUAGGACCAUAUGAUGUCCUCAUGUGCACUUUUUAAAACAUUUUCUUGUGAACACAUUAAUGUGUAAACUAGACUGAAUGGAUUUGUCAAUUGCAAGGGCCUGUCUCAAAGCAUCCUAGGCUUGUUAUUUUUGCAGUUAAAGGGCAACAUAGUUUAAACUAAGUUUACCAACCACUUUUCAGAAAAGGUGGAUAUUCCUUUUAAAAGGAAUGUUACUCUGGGGAAGAAGUCAGUUUUUAAAAAAAAACCCAAGUUUCUCAACUACCAAGUAGGCCCCUUUGUGUUAUUGAACAAAGUAACCUUGAAAUUCUGCUUUGCAAAUUUUGACUACAAAUAUUUAUGAAAUUGCUUUAUCCACCAUUUUAAUGGGGAUGUUUAACUGUUUAAAAUGGGAUCCCCCUUUAAAAAGGCAGAAUAAGGGAAUUUUAUUUGUACAUAUUAAAUAUUUGGAAGCUAAUAUUUCCGCAGCAUGAUUUCAAGAGAGUCUGUUUUAUGGAUGUUGGUUUGUUGCAUUAGUGUUUUGUGUGAAAAAUAUUUUGUUAUUUUGUUGGUUCCUAUACUUCCAAUGGAUGUUGACUCCAUGACUCGAGCCUUGUCCUUUGCUAGGUUACAAAUGAUAUCCGCAUUACGUGGUACAUUUGGGAAGAAAAAUAAUCUGAAUUUUGAUGUUUAUUUCUGUACUUUAAACUGACUUCUCCCCCCUCCAUUCACACAAUUGUUUGGUAGAACGUGAUUUUUGCCCAACAGUAUCAAUGCGAAUGAAGUUUGCACAGGGCUUCAUUGCAUUGCUCAAACUGUUGUGUUUUGUAUGCAUUUCCCUAAACUAUUUGGGUCACGUUUUGCUGUGUAUGACUUCUUCAAAGUAUGACCUGAUUUUGCAACAACUCAUUUCCCGUACAGAACUGGAAAUACCAUUUUUUUUUUUUUUUUAAGGAACUGAUCUUCCCCAAAGUUAAGUCCAAAAUAGACAGUUUAACACCACUGUACUUGAUAUCUGUAGACUGACAAUCUAGUACAAAUGGAUAAAUUUUUAUCACCAGUAAAGCUGAACAGCCAGUUGUUUUUUUUUGUGUGUGCCUGUUGUGUGAAAUAAAAUUACCAAGAGGCCUCCAUGACUAACUGAUACUGAAUGUAGCCAUCAUUUUCACACUAUUGUCAUAGAAUGUUUUACAAGUUUUCAAUCAUCUUAUUUUGGCAAUCCCUUUUUUAAAAAUGUUUUCACCAGGGAGUAUUUUCUCUUCACUUGAGUCCAGGAACUGCACAAGAACAUUCCACAUCAGGUAUCUUUGUGAUCCAAUCUGUGGCUAGCUGCUAUCGUUGUGCUUAAGGAUUGGAAUCCUUUUUCGUCCUGGAUGCUGUUUACAGUGCAAAAUGGAAGCCCAUAAUAAACCUCUUUCUCCACCUACACCUCUUCCCGGCACCCCCCCGCCCCCCCAAAAAAAAGGCAUUCCUGUACCGGAUCAGCAUUCAACUCACUAUGAUAGCAGUUAUGUAUAGAUUGGUGAAUAAGUGGAUAAUCUUGAGCAACCAGGCUAGGGAACCUAUUUUUACAUAAUACCUGGCUUUAAUGAUGGUGAUUUGUAAGUAGCACAGUGCUGUCAACAUAUUAUAUGAAGCCACAAAGCAAAUGUAUUUUCAGUCUUGCCUUUAGGCACCAGAGUUUUUUUUUGCAGGAAGAGGAGCCAAAGUAGUAGUGAUUAAUUGUACUUUAGAAUUGAAGAAAUCAAUCCACAUUUUCCCAGUUACAAACUGAAGAACAAAAUGGGAGUAAGAUGUUAAAGCCUUGCGGGGUUAUAUAAUACUGUUCCCAAGACAAAGGGUUAACUGUGUCAUUAUAAUUGUUCAGACAGGCAGUGACAAGAUUGCCACAAUCCAAUCAAAGGUUUGUGAUCAUAUAUAGAACUGUGUGCCAAUUUGAAUCCCUAUUGUUAAAUACCAAUGAUCUUCAUAGACAUUCUACUCUUGCUGGUUGUAUCACCGACUGAGACAUAUUGCAAUUUAAUUUUAGUUCUGGUCGGGUGGUAAGGGUGAAAAGUGGAAGAGUAUUUUACAUGGACUAUUCUCCAAUAUCUAAUGUUCCCUCUUAAGCCACUUUCUGCAGAAAAAAAAUGCACUUUAAAAAAAGUUGCAAGUUAUUAAAUAUUGUGAACAAAUGUGUUAUAAAUUGAGGCCCUGAUAUUUGUGCUAGGAGAAAAUGACUGACACAAAUUUGUGUAUAAUCUUUUUGCACUUGUAUUUUCAAAAAUCCAUUUCUCAUAAAUGAUGUGUUUUCCUGUAUAUGAGUGGUAUAAUAAACUAAG